AACUGCCGCAGGUUAUGCGAAAGUAUGUCCUCGUAUCGCUCCUCGAGCGGCGCGUGGGAUGGCGGGCCGCCGGGCGCCGAGGCGGAGUACGCCGCGCACCAGCCGCCGCCGCCCUCGGCUGCGCCUGCUGCCGCCUUCCCGCCGCAGCCGCGAGCCAUGCCCACCACUGACCCCUGGACCGGUGUCAGCUACACGCACUACGGCGCUCCGCCUAAUUAUGACUACCAGGCAUACCAGACGUCUGGCUACAACUACAAUUAUGACUCCACUUACUACCAGAGAUCCGAAGGGGGCUAUUACAACAAGUACCCUGACUCCCGGCCUGGUAACCUUCCAGCUGGGGCACCGUGUUAUGAUUACACAUCGGGAUCUCGGGAACGCUCCGGUUCCCCUGGUGGUUCGCGGUCCUAUGAACGCCGUCGUAGGUCCGACUCGAGAAGUGUGUCCCCUUAUGAUAAACGAGAGCGAACACUUUCCCGUAAAAGGGACAGCAGCUAUGAGGGUAGUAGAAGAAGCGAGUCGAGGAGCAGGUCUGUGAAAUCUAAACGCACUAAGUAUUCAUCAAGUGAUCAUUCCAGCUCCCGGUCUAGGUCACACUCUCGGACCAAGAGGCCUAAAAAAAGGAUGUCGGCGUCGUCUCACUCUUCUGGCUCUGACAGAUCCUACGAAAAUGCAACUAGAGGUAAAACACGGAAGCAUUCACUGACUCCUCCUUUUAAAAGAAAUUCUAGAUCUCAACAACAAUUUAAGUCUCAAAGAACUCCAAGUCCAAAGAGAUCUCGCAGUAGAUCAUCUAAUGAUGAAUUAAGAAACAAAGAUGCUAAAUCUCAUUCCAGUAGUAAAGAUAAAUAUAGAAGGGACAGGGAGGUGGCAACACCACCUCCCAAAACAGCAUCUAAAACACCACCACAUAAGAUGUCUGAUAGAUCCUCAGUGACACCACCGAAAAGUUAUCAAAAGCAUGACCAUUCUGCUACUCCACCUAAAAACUACAGGGGAAAAAGAAAUGUAAAGGAUAGGUCGUUGACCCCUCCCAAAAGCUAUGCGAGAAGUCAUUCGUCAUCAAGUUCCAAGUCUCGUUCGCGGUCUGUCACGCCGCGGCAGAAGCGCAGACGGUCUCGUACUCCAAAAUCUCGUCGAUCUAGUUCCAGGUCAUCUAGCCAUUCCUCAUCCAGGCGCUCACUCUCUAAGUCUAGGCGCCGAGCAAAGGCAAAAUCUUCCUCGAAUCAUCGAUCACGUACUAAGAGCCGCUCCCGGCGACGUUCGCUCAGCAAAAGUCGUUCGAGGUCUAGAAAUCGUUCUAACUCGAAAGGAAGGAGGAAAUCUGAAAGUUCAAGUCACUCAAAGUCACGAUCUAAAUCCCGAAGUCGAAGUGGAUCGCCGAGCGAAGACGAACGUCGUGGCCAAUUCACUGUCGCGGACAGGAAACGCUUCUGGAAAUUACACAGAGAUAGAAUAGAGGAGAAAGUAAAAGCAAAAAGUCCCCCUAUGGAAAUAAAACCACCAGCAGAUGCGAUAGAGAAGACCAAAGUAGAUGAUGUUGAGUAUGGAGACCCACCUGAAGUGGAAGGUCCAAACUUUGCAGAAUUACUUCCUUCACGUGACCAACUAUUGCAACAAGGCCCCUCUACGUCCAGAGGUGGCAAAAACAUUCCGAUAGCGAUAAAAAAUGACGGCAGUUUCCUAGAGAUGUUCAAAAAGAUGCAAGAGGAAACUAAAAAGAUUGAGGAAGUCGUAAAGAAACCUGAAAUCAAAAAGCCUCUACCGUUUAUUGGAAAGCGGCGCGGUGGCAGAGUUCUAAAGACUGGAAUGGUAAAAAAAGCCAAGGCAAUAGAUGAACAAACCGCCGAUAACACGCCGAAAGACGCGUGGUCGCUCUACAUGCAAGAAGUGAAAAAGUACCGUGAAACCUCGUGCGAAGAGGAGCGAAAAACUAGACCUCUCGUCAAAUAAAACAACGUUUUAGAGAUAGGAAUUAGGACUAAGUUUUGUAUUGUGUCUGCUAGAAUGAAUAAUUACGUGUUCUUUAUUUUACUCUAUUAUAAAUUGUUUAUUAUUAUAAUCGUAGCGUUGACUCCCUGUAUUUAGUGUUUAUUCUGCAGUUUAUCCGAAUAAAUAAUUGAGAGCAACGUUUUAUUUUUUCUUUAAAUAAGUA